CUCAUCUAAUCUGCCUUCCCUUCCCUUCCCCAUCGGAUUCGGAUCAAUUCGAUUCGGAGCAAGGUGCCCUGUCAAAUCAAUCGAAAAUUCCCCAACCUCAUUGAAGGAAAGAGCGGAGAACUGACGCUGCCGGCGAAUGGCGUUGGCGCCGGAGGUGAUCCACGCGUGGUCGGCGCCGCGCUCCCUCAGCACCAGCCUCAUGUACUCCUUCGCACAGAGGGAUGACAUGGAGGUGCUUGACGAGCCUCUCUACGCCAAUUUCUUGCACGUCACCUGUGUCGACCGGCCCUACCGCGAGGAACUUCUGUCUAAAAUGGACCCUGAUGGAAAUAAGGUUGUCAAAGAAGUGAUUUUUGGGCCAGGAGAGAAAAGGUACCGUUACUGCAAGCACAUAUCAAAGCAACGCCUUCCAAAUCUGUCAAACGACCUGAUGAAGAAGGGAAAACAUUUCAUACUGAUUCGCAACCCUCUAAAUAUACUGCCAUCUUUUGAUAAAGUUGUUCCGCCAUCCUUCUUGGAACUUGGCAUAGGCGAACUUGUCUCAAUAUACAGUGAAUUAUGUCAACUUGGGAGCCCACCGCCUGUGAUAGAUGCAGAUGAUCUGCAACGCAAUCCUGAGGCUGUCCUGAGUGGACUCUGUGAGGAUCUGGGCAUUCCUUUCCAGCCACAAAUGCUCAAAUGGGCAGCUGGCCCCAAGGUCUUUGAUGGUAUAUGGGCCCCCUGGUGGUACGGGAGUGUACACAAGUCUACUGGCUUCUCUAAGUCCCGUCGUUAUCCUUUGACUUUCCCAUUCGCGUUUUAUGACCUGCUUGAGCAAAGCUUGCCUUUUUACAACAUGCUGAAGCGCCAAGUAAGGACAACAGUAGGAUCCCAGGAACCACCAUUACCUGACCCUCCUCUGCCUGUCCCUGCAAAUAAAAAAAUUCUUGUUUGGGUUGGAGAUGGGCUUUUUCCCCGUGAUACUGCAAAGGUUUCAGUGUUUGACUCAGUUGUACAAGGAGGUGAUGCUGUAUGGGAAGGAUUACGUAUAUAUGAUGGAAAAGUAUUCAAACUUGAUGAACACUUGGACAGAUUAUUUGAUUCUGCAAGAGCUAUGGCCUUCAUCAAUGUGCCCAGUCGUGACUGGAUCAAGGAUGCCAUUUUUAAAACUCUGGUUGUGAAUGGAAUGUUUGAUAAUGCUCAUGUAAGGCUCACACUCACCCGUGGCAAAAAGGUGACAUCUGGAAUGAGUCCAGCUUUCAAUCUUUAUGGGUGCUGCUUGAUUGUGCUUGCAGAGUGGAAACCACCAGUUUAUGAUAACUCGCAUGGGAUUAAGUUGAUAACUGCCACCACACGUCGCAAUUCUCCAAAUAGCAUAGAUUCCAAGAUACAUCACAACAAUCUCAUCAACAAUAUUCUGGCAAAGAUAGAAGGUAAUCUUGCCCAAACUGAGGAUGCCAUCAUGCUAGACAAGGAUGGUUUUGUAUCAGAAACAAAUGCAACAAACAUUUUUAUGGUUAAGAAGGGAAUCGUAUUGACACCUCAUGCUGACUAUUGUCUUCCUGGCAUUACGCGGGCAACUGUUAUGGACCUUGUGGUGAAAGAAAACCUGGUAUUACAUGAACGACGCAUUAGUCUAUCAGAAUUUCAUGCUGCAGACGAGGUGUGGACAACCGGAACAAUGGGUGAAAUCACACCGGUUGUAAUGAUUGACGGACGUGAAAUUGGCGAUGGGAAAAUUGGUCCAGUAACAAGACAAAUCCAGAGUGCAUACAAAGUACUGACAGAAGGGCAAGGAGUACCAAUACCCAGGACCAAUCCGCCUGAUUGUACCGAUUUGGAGCAGCAAUAAAUUAAUAAUUGCCAUUGUUUAAAGAUGCGUCAUUGCUGUACCAAACAGGAUACUGUGUAUUACAAAUUUACUAUGUACUGUUGGAGAUUAUGAAUUCAAUAAUUCAUGCCAUUGGCAUU